AUGGAUUUUUGGUUAAAAGACGGAAUUGCCCCCGUCUCUCUCACACUCUCUCUCUCUCCCGCGCGCGUCUCUCCCUCUCUCUGGUUUUCGCGACGGCUGGAACAGCCGGCCACGUUUUGGCCGGCCGUGCUCUCGUCCGGCCACCAAAGUCGACGGGGCCGGUACCAAAAUGACUGGGCCGCCGUCCUCUUCCUACCCCAGCCGGGUCUCACCGCCAGCCGCCGGGAUUUCGCCGAAAAAUCGAAGAAAACAGCCCGGUUUCGCCUGAAACUUCGCCGGCUUCGUUCUCCGUCGUCCGGCCACCGAUUCCGGCAAGUGAGGCUAAGGAGCUCGAUCGACGGAUUGAAAUUCGGCCGGUUUUGCGAUCGCGAUUCCGGCCACUUCCGGUCAGAUUUUGGGGUACGUCCAAGAACAAAAGUGACUCCAAAUUAG